CUGGAUAUUUUUUCGUCAAGUUUCAAUUGUUUCAAUAAUUUUGGUCUCAUUUAUUGGGAGUUCCUAUAAACAAGUGUUUCGCACUCAUAAUUCUUUCCUGAGAUCGAUUUUUGUGAUGGCUCGUCGGUUGUUCAAUCUUAAUCCGUACGAACUACACAAGCAUCUUAUCAACGAGUACAUGCUAACGAAACCGGGAGCGACUAAACAGCUACAACGUGACACUUCGCGGGACAAAACCGAUCACGAUGUAAUCCGCGAGAACCAUCGGUUCUUGUGGGAUGGUGAGGAAGUGGACUCGUGGGAAAAACAGCUGGCAAAGAAGUAUUACGAUAAACUAUUCAAGGAGUAUUGCAUAGCUGAUCUGAGUCGAUACAAAGAAAAUAUGGUAGCAAUGCGGUGGAGGAUAGAAAAAGAAGUAGUUGUCGGAAAAGGGCAGUUUAUUUGCGGAAGCCGAGUUUGUGAGGAACGAGAAACUCUGCGUAGUUGGGAGGUAAAUUUUGCUUACAUGGAACAAGGAGCUAAAAAAAAUGCCUUGGUGAAGUUGCGAUUGUGCCCUAAGUGCUCGGAUAAAUUGAACUAUCGUUCGAAAAAACGCGAGAUUAAACGCUUGAGAAAGCGUCAACGCCAAAACGGAACUGGCAGAAUUUCUGACGAAGAAGAGGGUUCACAUAACACACGGGAGGAACAAACAAAUGACAACAAAAACGAAGGUAUUGAGCUUUCGCAAGUGGUCGACAAUCAAUCGGAAGAAUAUGAAGCACCAAGCUCGUCUACAAACGCAGACAAUUGUUGGUUAAAAGGAACAGACCUCGAAGAGAAAUCCAGAGAAGAAGAAUUCGACGAAUAUUUGGAGGAUUUACUGUUAUAAUACAAAAUCCGUCUUAAACCUUAAACUGUCAAUAGAUUAUAUCACUUCGUAA